UUUGAGGCUCGCAAGAGUUAAAUUAAAUCUACUUCUUUCUCUCCUUCACGUAACCGUUGUGGAGGUAUAAGUCUAGCUGGUCUACUCCUCCUCCUCCAACACUCCUUCAGGAACCAGAAAACCAGGAAUACCAUCACGAUGCGCACCACCUCGACUCUCCUUUCGGCUGUGGGCCUUACCGCGCAGCUCAGCGCUGCCGCCUACACUCUGCAGGACGAUUAUUCGCUCUCGUCCUUCUUCGACCGUUUCACAUUCUACACCGGCACCGACCCCACUGCCGGCUUCGUCGACUAUGUCGACGAGACGACUGCGGAGGCCAACGGUCUGGUCAAUACCUCCAGCAGCUCCGUCUACAUGGGCGUAGAUCACACCAACGUGGCCAGCAGCAGCGGCCGCCAAAGUGUGCGCAUCGCCAGUGACACCACCUAUAACCAUGGUCUCUUCAUUCUUGACCUCGCCCACAUGCCCGGCGGCAUCUGCGGCACUUGGCCUGCUUUCUGGCUCCUCGGCUCCGACUGGCCCAACAAUGGUGAGAUCGACAUCAUCGAGGGUGUCAAUCAGCAAACUACCAAUGACAUGACCCUCCACACCAGCGAUGGCUGCACCAUCACUGACUCGGGCUUCACCGGCACCAUGACUACCGACAACUGCUAUGUCUACGCUGCCGGGCAGUCCAGCAACGCGGGCUGCGGCAUCACCGACCCGUCGACCGCGUCCUACGGCGCUGGUUUCAACGCCAACGGCGGUGGUGUCUUUGCCACCGAAUGGACCUCCUCUGCCAUCAGCAUCUACUUCUUCCCCCGAGGCAGCAUCCCCUCCGACAUUACGGAUGGAAGCCCCGACCCGUCGACCUGGGGAACCCCAGUGGCAUCCUUCUCUGGCGGCUGUGACAUUGAUGAUCACUUCAGCGGAAUGCAAAUUAUCUUCGACACCACCUUCUGCGGCGACUGGGCCGGCAACGUCUGGAGCACCGGCAGCUGCGCCUCCGCGGCCAGCACCUGCAGCGAUUACGUGGCCAACAACCCGUCGGCCUUCACGGACGCUUACUGGACCGUGAACGCCCUCCAGGUGUAUCAGGACCAGGAUAGUUCGACCACGAACUCUGCUGCCGUUCCUGCUUCGAACAGCACCUCUCACAAGGGUCAGGGUCACCAUGUUCCCAGCCCGUCGUAUGUGCGCCGGGCCAGAAGGGAGCUUAGGGAGAGGGCGAUGGGCAUGCAUGCUUAAUUGAUAGUGUUUGGAAUGAGUGAGUGUAUAGAUGGUAUGGGAUGUGGAUAGAUGCUAUAUUGGUCUUUGUUAUCUGUAUCUUGUGUUUGUUUGUGUGUAUAUGCCGGGGGUAUAUAAGUCUCUCGCUUUG